AUUCAAUAUUGUUUGAUAAAAUUCAUGAUGUUGAUAUAAAUUAAGGAGAUUUAAGUUAAUGAAAAACGAGAUAAAAAUUUAAAUUGAGUACUAGUCGUUAAUCAACAAACAGAAACAGAGUCUUAUCAAUCGAUUUACAAAUAGUGUAUUAUAUAUCACUAAUCAUAAAUAAUUAGUUAUAAGAUUUAGUCAGCAAAAAGUUAAUAUACAAAAUAGAGAUAAUUAAGACAUAUCACUUAAUUUGAAAGAUAUAGUUAGAAUAUUUCUUAUUUAUUUAUUACAAUAGGAAGAUCCUCUCAUUAUGAUUUCAAACACUCGUUAUUAUCAAAAUCAUUUGAACAAAAAGCCUAAACUAAAAUCUUCAUAUAUUUUAAGUUAAAAUCAACAUUCAUCACCGAGUCCAUAUUAUUCAGAGAACCCAUAGAUUUUAUUUUGA